AGCUACCGGUACACAGACCAGGCCACCAUGGCCCACCAGGACAAGGACUAUCAGGACCUCGUCGACCGCAUCCACUACUCGGACCGCUACUCGGACGACUUCUACGAGUACAGGCAUGUCCUUCUCCCGCGCCAGAUGCUCAAGCUCGUCCCGAAAGAGUACUUUCAACCCGACACGAACGUCAUGAGGCUCCUGUCCGAGGACGAGUGGCGAGGAAUCGGAAUCACUCAGUCGCUCGGGUGGGAGCACUACGAGGUGCACGCACCAGAGCCUCACGUCCUCCUCUUCCGGCGAGAGAAGGACUACCAGUCCAAGUACGGCAACGCGCGGUGAUGCCGCACGGCCCGUCGUCGCCGACUCUCGCACCCUCCCGCCUCUCGUCCUCCUCUGUGCCCCCUCCCUCCCCGGAUCCCUUCGCCUUUCUCUCUCUCUCUCCCUCUCACAGCAUCCGCAUCCGUCUCCUCCCCUCCGUCCCUCCCGGAUAGUCUCGAUGAUUCUUCUCGCCCGUGUUAUCACCAACCCUGUGCGCCGUCCGUGCGCUCGCCGGAACGUGCUGCUCCUCGCC